GCUAGACGUCACUGAUACCCCAAUGGAUCAUUGUGAUGACAGCCAUGUCGUGGUCUCACAAACAGAUACAGUGCUAGACGUCACUGAUACCCCAAUGGAUCAUUGUGAUGACAGCCAUGUCGUGGUCUCACAAACAGAUACAGUGCUAGACGUCACUGAUACCCCAAUGGAUCAUUGUGAUGACAGCCAUGUCGUGGUCUCACAAACAGAUACAGUGCUAGACGUCACUGAUACCCCAAUGGAUCAUUGUGAUGACAGCCAUGUCGUGGUCUCACAAACAGAUACAGUGCUAGACGUCACUGAUACCCCAAUGGAUCAUUGUGAUGACAGCCAUGUCGUGGUCUCACAAACAGAUACAGUGCUAGACGUCACUGAUAACCCAACGGAUCAUUGUGAUGACAGCCAUGUCGUGGUCUCACAAACAGAUACAGGUGAAGAGGCCCCUGACACCCCUCUCAGCCAAUGGCCCGUGGAUCAAAGCCCAAAUCCCGACAAUAAUGGUGGAUCCUGCCCUAACCUUGAUGAAACCAUACUUUAUGGCCAAACUGAUGACACCACAGCAACACCAUUGGGAUUUACCUUGACAUUUGACAAUGUCAACCAGAGGACAAGAACAAGUUUUCAUUCAAGUGAGGGAAAAGCAAACAGACAGUUCAACUUGGUGCAAUCGUAUGGAGAGAUCGACCGUGUUCCAUGUUUCCAUCUCAGUGAUGAGCCUCCAUCUUUGGAACAACUAUCAAGUAUUUGUGAAGAUGUCUUUCUGCCCUCAACUAAAGAUACUGAAAUGCUACGGUAUGAAUAUGAAGUGAUGAUUGCCCGGAUACUCUGCAACCACAUUCCCUGCUUUCGGGAUAUGAGCAUCACUGAGCACAUCCCACAUCCUUAUCUCGCAGAGACAAAGAAGAAGAGUGUCAUGGUACCGUUAGGAGUGCUUGAAAAAGAUGAGAGCAAAGUCUCCGAUAUGAUAGAUGUGUUGGACUAUUUGCACAGAUACGUUCCAGGAGAUAAGUCACCAAUCCCUGUGGUUCUGUAUGGGGACCAGCUAUCCUGUGAAAGAGUACGUGAUGCCAUGGGAGCUCGAAUCAACGAGGAUACACCAUGGGAUAGACUAAGUGGCUUACAACCAGCCAUACAGGAGUGGCAUAAGCGCCUUCUUAUGUUAACGGUACCAUUUCAGUUUAAUUCCCAUUUGUUUUUGCUUUUAAAUGGUUAACUGCUUGACUUAACAUAACUUAAAUGGGACAAAAUGAGACAAAUUGAUGUGUAUUUUUUUUUGUGACAAUACUGAAUGGUAAAAUCGGAAGGGUAAACAAUAAUAAUAAUGUUUAAUUUGUAUAUAGCGCUUAAUACAAAUGUCUCUAAGCGCUUUACAAGGGUAUAGCAAGCUUUAUAUAUUUUGAAAGUAUAGGCCUACAUUACAGAAUAAUGUAAAUAUGAUUUACACAUAGGAGAGCACAUGAUAUGUUGCCAUGGUAGCAAAAUAUACAAACAUAUAUAUUUUUUUACAUUUCCCCUUUGUGUAAAAUAAUGCACACUUAAUAAUGUAGACCACUUGAAUUUAUUAUGGGAUUACUUUUGUAAUAAGUGCCCAUAUUGUCUUAAUUUGAUACUAAGAUAAGAAAUAAACACCAUUCCUAACUAGAGUUAUGAUGAUGAAUAUAUUGAUGUGUGCAAAAAUAGAACAAAAUAUUACAUCAACCCAUAUAAGCACACAUAAUGUGUGUCCGCGCGUUCUUUUAGCAAGAAACAUUACUGGAAUUCAAUCAACAGUUUUAUUUAUGAAAAUAUGUAA